GAAGUUAGUCUUUAACUCCAGAAAAUGUCUUAUAUCUUGCCGGUUUUUUACCCUGAUAUUCUUCUCAGCCUCCCGGUGAAGUCUCUCCUCCGAUUCCGAUGCCUUUCAAAAUUGUUUUGUUCUCAGAUCGACAGUCCCGACUUCGUCAAGAUGCAUCUCCAGAAAUCAAUUGCUACCGGAACCCGCCGCAACUUAGUCUUCUCUUGUCUCGAGGACCUCUACAUUUCUGACUUCGACACUGGCCUCGUAGAAGCCACCAGGCUCAGUACCCCAUUCUCAGCUCCAAACAUGGAAACCACAAUUUGUGGUUAUUGCAAUGGCAUGAUUCUCUCCACCGUGGGUCCUCUCCACGAGGUGAGACGUCGUCCUCUCGAACUUGUCCUUUGGAAUCCAUUCUGUCGGAAGUUGAAGAGGCUACCGGUUUGUCCAGCCACCACCACUCCCAAUCAUGUAACACGCAAUUGCAGUCUGGGGUAUGAUUGGGUAACUGAUGAUUACAAGGUGGUGUUGAUUUCGGACGUUUCCAACGUGACUUCGGAGGUGUGGGUUUUCAGUUUGAAAUCAAAUUCCUGGGACAUGCGCCGAGUGCUUCCUCAUGACAAUGGUAUUGACACAUUUGGGAGUUACUCUAAUGGUGCUCUGUACUGGGAGCUCACUGUGACGAAAUCUUUUGAGAUUUGUGGUUUUGAUCUUGCAAAUGAAGAUUUCUUCGGCUUGCCAAAUAUCUGUUUGUCUGAAGAUGGUCAGCUCCGGCGAGAUUUCUCCUAUUUGAAAAUGGCGGUUUUGGAUGGGUACGUUCACAGGCUUAAGUUACCCUUUUCGCCCCAAGUUCAAGAGUUUUACUUUUAUGAUACCAGAAAUGGAGGCAUAGGCGUGGGUGUUUGGAGGAAAGCAUUCACGUUUGAGCAAGAAGAAGACGACUCUGCGUUGUCCUGUUGUCUGCCAUUGGCAUAUUCAAAAGAUGGGAAUGCCGUUCUGUUUCGUGACGGACUAGACGAAUUGUUUUGGUAUAAUUUGGAAAUGAAAACAAUACGCAAGGUGGAUUUUCCGGCCAUGCCUCAGAAUACAUGUUCAGGGAGCUUUGUUUGUUUGGAAACUCUUGUUUCUCCUUGUUACUUUGAUGAGAAGAGGGAUGUUGAGUUAGAACUUAGACUUGGCAUUUAAACUCUAGUCCAAUUGGUAAAAGUGCAGACAUAUCCUAAGUAUUUGAUUAUUGAAGUGAUUUAAUUUCCUUUCUGUGUAAUAAUAAUAAUAAUGAAUUUGCUUUUCUUUUUCUUUUUCUUUUUUCCUUGAAUUCUAUGGUAUGAAAUAAAUAAAUUCUCAACCC